AAUAUAAGUAUGCAAUUGUAGAUCAUGUAUCACUCCAAUCAAUAGGUAUUCGUCGGUACCCUUUCUGUCGGUACACAUAUGCGUCUAACUAUUUUACCGAUUUUUCUCGUCAAGUUGUCGAUAGAGGCCACCGCCAUCACUCGUGCGCGCUCUAACGUCGCAGAUUGUGCAUUAAAUUCAAAUUGUACGCACGGAACUGCUCGUAACCGUUAAAAUGGUGAGAACGCGAAGAAAUUGUAAACUUUGGCGUAGAGUGCGUAGACGAUCGUAGCCGUCAUGAUUAACGCGCACGAGCGUAGACACACGAUUUGGAAGUAACUUCGAGACGAAAAAGAAACCGCGCUAACGUGUUUGUUCGUGCUCCUUUGGUGAUUACGACGGUUGGCACUUUCCGAAGUGCGAGUGACAGAGUUUUUUCCUUGAACGUGAACGUUCCUAUCUGUGUCCGGAAGGGUUACGUCUUACGUCUCUUCCGGAUCUGAUUUUAUAUGAUUCGAUUUGUCGAUCACGAUGCAGGGAUGAAGGAGAAUGUGAAACACUAGUCUUAGAAACUCUUUUUCUGAGAUCUUGCUAGAGGUACGAGUGCCAACGUGUUAAAGAGUUAUUUAAACGAAGAGAAUCAUGGAGUCAAAAAGCAAUGAGAGAUCACGAUACGAACGGUCCAAGACGGCAUUGGAGACGACCUGCGAGAAGCCCCGCGGCAAGUAUUUCUGCGAUCCAGAUGAGAAAUCGCGGAAACUGGAUGCAAGCAUCAAGCAGAGGGACAAGUUAGCACAGGAACUAGUGGCCGUGAGAUCGGACUUAGCUGGUAUUAGAAGAAGUUUAGCUGAAGCUGCAGAAACUGAAGCUAUGUCAGCAUCAGGAGGAUCUCCAUGUUUCGAGUACAAACUUCGUAAACGGCUGCAGUCGGACAAGUUGUCCAAGGAAAAAAUAGAGCUGGAGGCAAAGUUGAAUGAGAAAAAGAAGGAAGUUCAGAAAAAGCAAAAGGAGAUACUUGAAUUACAGGACAAGGUCAGGGAGUUCUCUCGGAUGGAAUCUCAGGUAGAGGAGAAAAUACGAAAAUUAGAAGCUUCCAAUAAGGAGAGGGACAUACUCGAGAAAGAACUGAUAGCUACAAGAUCACAAUUGGCUGGCAUUAAAAGGACAUUAGAACUGGAGCGGCAAGAGAGGAGAGAUUUAGAAACUCGAGCACUUGGUUUAAUAAGAGAUGCCAAACGCAAAUGGGAAAAUGCCGAGAAAGAUAAAAUAUCACAAUUAAAUAAGCACAUUGAAGCACAAACUACAAAAAUUACAGAACUAUGCACAAGUAAUAAUGAAAUGAGUUCGCGUCUGCAAAGAACAGAGUGCGAAUUGCAAACUGCAAAUGCAGAAUUGGAUAAAUUGCGUGUAUUCCAAACACAAUAUAAGGAAUCUUUGGCGAAAACGCGUGAGUUAAGCAGACAAAGUUUUCAAGGCGUAGAAAUUAAGUUAGAGGAAAUGGCCACGCGUGCUCACACUCAGUUGGCCGAUUUACGAGCGAAAUUGGACUUUGAAGCUGCAAAGAACACAGAUCUCGAGACUAGGUUACGAAACGAGCAGGAUUCGAAUCAUUGUCGUGAAUCAAGGCUAAAUGUUGCUCUAGAACUUGCUCAAAAUGAAUUAAAAGACUGUCAGGAACAGUUACGUACUAUACAAGCCACGUUACCGGCAAGAGACACCGAAAUCGAUACUUUACGUAAACAAUUACAAGAGAGAUCGAGACAGAUAGACGAUCUAAAAAUUUCAGAGCAAAUGCUCACAACAAUGCAAGAGCAAUUGGAAAGAAUGAAUCUUGAAAAUGAGCAAUUAAAGCAACAAUUGCAAAUCACUAAAUCUGAUUUAAACGAAACUAUGAUGAAUUUGGAACAAAGUGAGGCACUUGCUGUUAAUUUGGAGCAAGCGGCACAGGAUAAGGCCACAUUGCAAAAGAGAUUGCAGGAUUCUUUGGAAAAAGAAGAGGAACAAUUGCGCAAAGUUUGCAAUUUAGAGGAAUUGCUGAAACGUUUGGAGCAUAGUGUUACGAAAUUGGAGGCAGAGAAUGCUACUCUUAAACAAUUGGAUGAUGUGCCAGCUUCAACUCGUGUAGCAAUUAUUGAAGCUACUGAUACAAAAGUAUUUCAUGGACAAGAAGCAGAAAAAUUGAAACAGCAACUUCAAACGUUAAGAGAAGAAAUAACAGUCGAAAAACAAACAGCGAAACAAGCUGAGUUAGCUUUAUGGAAGAAAGAAAAGGAGUUAAGAAAUGCUGACUUAGAUAAACGCAUAGCUGUGAGGGAAGCUAAGCGAGCCGAGGAGAAAAUAAAAACGCUACAAGAAGAGAAACAAAAGUUACAAGAUAAAUUAAACGGUAAAACAAAAGAGGAAGAGGAAAAUUCUAAGAAAUUAUUGAAAGAAUUAAAUAUUGCAAAGACAUCAUUGAAUGAUAUUACAAAAGAGGCAUCAAGGAAUAAAAUGCAAGCUGAUUCAGCACAAAGGGCUUUGACUCAAACUAAUCGUCAAAUUGAGGAACUACAAUCUUCUAGCGCAUCGUUACGUAGAGAAUUAGAUGCUGCUCGUAUACAGAUGCGAUCAAAUCAAGAGCGUGUUGAUACUGUGAAUGCUGAAAAUAGGCGUAUGAUACAGACAAUUGCUAAGCAUAAUGAAGAGAAGACUGAGUUUGAGUCUAAAAUAGCAAAAUUAGAGCAAGAUGUCAAAGGCUAUGAAUUAAACAUCGAGUUGCUAAAAGAGACAUGUACAGUCUUAGAGGAGCAAUUAACGGACUACGAGAGAUUAACAAGCGAUCAUGAAACGCGCGAGAAUAUACUAAUUCAGGAUAAAAUGAAGCUACAGAAAGACUUGGAAGCUGCAGAGAAAAAAGUACGUGAGGCACGUAUUGCACAAAAUGAAGAAAAAACACGAAGAAUAGUCGCAGAGCGUAAUGUCGAACAAUUGGAAUCCGAGACGAGUGAUAUAGAAAGUGAGAGAAAUAGUCUUGUCGUUCAAAGAGACCAGUAUAAGAAACUCACUCAGGAACUCACUAUGCAAGUAAAAGAAUUGAAUACGAGAUGCGAUAAAUUGGAGUACGAUUUUUCGGAAAAGAAUCGCGCUUUAGAAGCUGCUAAGGAAGAUUUGAUAACUGUGAAAAAUGAAAGCAGCAAAUACUUAACAUAUCAGGACAAAUUGAAAAUAGCAAAUCUUGAGCUUGCUGCCAAACUGCAGAGUAGCAUAGAUCAUGGUCAGGAACUAAGGACAAGAAUAACAGAGUUACAAGAAGUCUUAGAAACAAUGAGACAAUUCUAUGCGGAAGGAGAAGUAAAGGCCGAAAGUACUCGACAACAACAAAAUAAGCUGAUUGAUUUCUUGCAAAAGCAAUUAGAAUACAGUAAAAAGAAGAAGACCAUAUGCGACAAAAUACUUGGUAUAAAGCAAAAGGAGAAUAUGCCACCUGUAUGUACGAGCAUGUCCGUGGCAUAUCGUGAAUUGGAGAAUCAACUUGUCAAAGAACGAGCGAAGGUGAAGUCAUUGACGAAUCAAGUAUCAAUUCUGAAAGCUGAGAUUGCCUCCGCAUCUACAUCUGCACCUGUCUCUCCAACGACACCAGAACGCGAAUACAAAAAGACGAAGAGUAUCACAGAGACUAGUAGUUCGUUACUUAGGCAGCUAUCUCCUCAAAGAAUAGGACACAAUAUUUCGCAUAGAUUCAAUAUCGGAUUGCCUAUGCGUGCUGGAAAAUGCGCAGCGUGUCCAGAGGCUAUACAGUUCGGAAUACACGCCGCGAUCUGCAGCGAGUGUCAAAUCAUGACGCACUCGAAAUGUAGAGCGUUUGUACCUGCCAAUUGUGGGUUACCGAGUGGUUUCCCUGAAUACUGCCAUAAAUCUUUUAGAGAUAGCGAUGACAGCUUAUCGUCGAUCGGAGAUAGCGUUCAAACUUUGGCGAUAGAUCAACCAGACAAGCCAGAUGUGGACCUACAAAGUGCUCCAUGUAAAGAGAAUGAAGUUACUAUGGAAGGAUUGGUAAAAGUGCCUGGUAGAGCAAAAUCCUGCUGGGAGAGAAAGUAUUUGAAGUUGGAAGGAUCAUGUCUAUGCGUCUAUGAACAGCAGCCGUGUACAGGGAUGGCACCGAUUAAUCGUCUAAAUUUGAUAGAAAACAGUGGCUUUAAUAUUUCCGAGAUGGUUCAGAAUCCUGAUGUAUUGGGAACAGCAAAAUCCGAUAUUCCAUUUAUCUUUAGAAUAGAAUCGAAUUCUACGACGACUUGUUGGCCUUCCUCUAGAAUGGACAUUAUGGCACUAAGUCAGGCCGAUAAGAGAAACUGGCUUAGAGCUUUAAAGACUGUUACUGUUCAAAAUUCGUACCUUGUACCGAAAUGUAACAAGUAUCAAACUGUACUUAGAUUAGAAAAACAUCAGUUGGAUUUGAAUUGUGUUGUGGAUCUGGGCUUGGAAAAUGUGCUUUUGCUGGGUGCGAAAGAAGGCCUGUUUUCAUAUUGCGCUUCUAAAUCUCAGACGCUCACUACAAUACGCGGUAUUAAACAUAUACACCAGCUCUCUUUACAUUCUCACUUGGAUCUGGCAUUAAUGAUAGCUGGUGAAUAUAGAGAAUUAGUACACUGCAACUUGAGGCUAUUAAAGAAUAAUGCCUUGGCCGCCGAUUGUUCUAGACCAGCAAUUAAUACAAACAGCGUAUUAUCUAUUUCUGAAAGUUGUCAUCUUUAUCAAUUGCAAGGCGAAAUAUUAUGCGCCGCAACCGCAUCUCACGUGAUAUUAUUGAAAUGGAAAAUUGGAGAAGAUUUCGGAGAAUUCGUCGAACUUCGUGAGUUCGAUACACAGGAACCUUGCAGUUGUGCUAUAUUUACUACGAAUUUCCUUAUUGUAGGUUGUCGCAAAUUCUUACAAAUUGAUUUGCAAACUUAUAUCGUAAACGAAUUUCCAGAAGAAGAUAAUAGCUCAAUUAAAGCGACAAUAUUAGAGGCAGCUAAGCUCGAUAUAUUUCCUGUAUGUAUUUUGAAUAUUUCUAAUACAUGCGGCACAGCGGAACUUUUAUUGUGCUACAAUGCAUUUGGUGUAUUUGUGGACGAGAAAGGUAGACGGACUCGCGCUGUUGAUCCAAUGUGGAAUCAUUUUCCAAUUGCUUUUGCAUUUUGCAAACCAUACUUAUUCAUUAUUUAUUUCUCGUCCGUCGAAAUUGUAAAACUUGACGCCGAAGCAUACCGUUCUUCGGAAAGGAAUCCUGAACGUACCUUAAUCGAAUUAACUAGUCCGCGUUAUUUAGGCACUGCUGGUUCCAGAGGAAUUUAUGUAACCUCUAUUAAUUCUUAUCUCGAAUUACUGAAGAUAGAUGGUUUUAUCAGUAUGCCAACAUUGAAUGGCAGUUUAACAAGUCUCGACACAUUAGGUCAAGAGGAUGAAAGUAGCUCAGAAUUUAGUUUUACAUCGAGCUUAAUGGAGGCUUUAGACGGACAAGGGAAAAAAGUACAUUUUGCUGGAGUGCACAAAUAUUAAAAUAAAUUUUGUACAUGAGAGACAUCGAUUUAUCAAUAUUGUUUUUUUUACUUAGAAGUUAUAUUUAUAUGUAUUAUAUAUAUCAUAUAUAAUAGUAGUUAUGAAGAAAAAUGAUGUCUGUGGAACAAAUGAGUUUAAGGUGGAAUAACAUUUAAUUUAUAAUUAGUUAUUGUACUUAACUGAAUUUAAACGCUUCAUUAAAAUAGAUAUAUAUAUAUGCUAUAUAUUUAAUGAAGAUCUCAAAUACUUGCCAUAUUAAUUUUUUGACCGUUCUUUUUUCUGUAUGUUUACCUAUACGUUUAAUCUAUACGUUUAAUGCCUCUGUCCUCAUAAAUUAAUUUAUUGAUUUAUCAAUAAAUAAAUAAAUUUGUUUACCUAAUAUAAUCAUAAAUGUACUUUUUUAUUCAUAAACGCGUUCAAAGCA